UACACACUUACACAUAAACUUAUAUUUAUAUACGUAAUUUACAUACGUGUCACAAAGGGAAGAAAUUUGUGGUGUAAAAAAAAUUUGCAAAAAUGUUAACCUCAAAACAAAUUAAAAUUCAUAAAAUGUCGGAUGAACGAUGGACCACCAGAGAUAAAAUAAAUCAGUAUCGCGGAGUUCUCAAGUUAUACGGUUAAUUAAUUAAUUAAUUAAUAUAUUAAUUAUAUAAUAAUAAUAAUUAAUAUAUUAAUUAUAUAAAAAAAUAUAUAAUAAUUAUUUUAUUAAUUAAUUAAUUUUAACGAAUAAAAAGUAUAAAUGAACAUUUUUUUGAUUAUUAUGUUUGAAAGAAAAAAGAAAAAGAAAAGGGAAAGAAAAAAGAAUUAUCAUAAAAAAAUAUAUAUAUAUUUUUUUUCAUCUUUUGUCACAGCUCGAGAUAAAAAGAUUCGUGCAUCGGAAUUGACUAAAUUGAAGCAAAGAGUAUUUAAAAAUUUGAAAUCACUGCAAACGGAUGUACGAGAGUAUCGUGAUAUCGUCACUCAAAUUGUUACUGGAAAUAAAAUUCGUCUUAUACCGAUAUUACAACGAUACGAUAACUUUCAUUUGGCUUUUGGUCAACUCGACUCAGAUGAGCUUCAUAAUCGAAUUUAUCAAAACAGCGAAUUAUAUCAUCGAAAAUUGGAUAAAUUACGUUACGAAAAAGAGAAAUUAGCUAAGAAAUUUUUCGAUUUACAACUUGAGAAAUGUUUGCUAAUGGAAGAGGAAAAUAAAGAAGUACAAACGGACUGUUUCGUUCAACGUUUGGUGGCAUAUUUGCAACGAUCAACAUCUAAAGAAAAUGGUGUUAAAUCUAUUGGAGUUACAUACUUAACGAUAAUUAACAUUUUGAAAAAUGAUGCAAUAUAUUUCGAUGCACUUCUUAAAGCUAUCAAAGAUGAUAAAAAGGAUCAAUGUAAAGUGAUAGUAAAGACAACGAUAAUGGGACAAUUGGUGGCAGAAAAUGUGGAUGAUUUGAAACAAAAAUAUAAAUUAAUGACUACUGACGUUCUGAAAAAUAUGAAAGAAAGAGAACGUACUUUAAUUAUUACACGUGAACGCGUUGCUGAUCUUUGGGAGUAUGCGAAAUCUUUAGUACGAAUAGAGAGCGACACAAUGUUUGCCAGAAAAAGUAUCGGUAAUGACGAAAAUGUUCAAUUGGAAAACCAACUUAAACGUUUGGAAGAGAUUUGUGACAUAUUGAAGGAGAACGUUUUAGUUAGAAGUUAUAACGAAUUGUUCCCAAGACUCGAAGAACAAAUGAGACAGAAGACACGUUUGAUCAAUCAAUUUAAUUAUAAUAUAAAAGAACGCGAUGAUCUUUUAUCUAAAAAGGAAGAAGCUCUUGCCGUUCUUGAAAAUCUCGAACAUACGAUGGUAGCUACGACAACACAAUAUAGAAUAGAUAAAAAAGUUAUGUUAGAAGAGAUUGAAAUUCAAAAAAAACGUAUUAUCGAAUAUAAAGAUCAAAGAAGAUCUCAUGGUGAAUUAUCGAUUAAGAUAAUAGCAACUUUACAAAAUAUGUUACUUAUGCUUAUUUGUAUUAAACAGCUUAAAGGGGUAUUAAAAGUAACUCCCAAAAAACAAGCAAAACUUGUCACUGCUGAAGAAUUUGAGGUCGACGAAACGGUUGAACCUGUCCUAGAGAAAAUAGAUACAGAUGUCGUAACAUUAUUGGCAGAAGUUACUCAAUUAAUGGGUAUCCUUCUCGGAAUGAGCAAUUUCGAAUUCGAUAAAGAAAAGAAUGAGAGAGCGAGACAAUUGUAUCAAACUUAUAUCGCUGAUUAUAUCUCUAAUCUCAAAUUUGAGAAGGACGUAUUAGAGCCAGCUCUGAUCGUCGAACAUGAAAUCGUAGAUCCAAACGUAUUAACGCGCAGUGAUGUAAAAAAUCAAAGUAGAAAAGUGGUAGAAGCUAAUUUGAAACUUGACUAAUGUAUUGGUAUGA